UUGUCGUAUAGUCAGAGGUAUAGUUAAUUAAGUUAGUACUCUGUGCAUUCUCUGUGACGCGAUGGUGUUGGUAUCAGAGUUGUAAAUUGACACCUUCCUGGUGAACAUGGGUCACAAAGCUCUUGGAAUGAAGAAAAACCAUUAUGCAAGAAUUAGAUUAUAAGUAAAAUUGAAUAUGGAAUGACUUUAACAUUUGGCCAUUACAACUGACGCAACAAAGAAGAAUCUUCUGUUGACUUGUAGAUUCCAUACAUGGGUAAUUGCUGCUGUCCAGAAAUUGACACCUCCCCCGUUGUCGAGGUAGCUUUCUUGAAAGAGGGGAAUCGUGUUUCAGAAUUGCAGUGGAAAUGCGUUGAUGAAUCAACUAAACAUAAACAAUUGUUUUUAAAAAUGAUUAAUUAUGGACGAGAUCCCAAAGUCAAGGUUGAAUAUAUAAGCGAUGUACGUGUAAUUUUCUCCGGAGAAUUUUGCAUCGGCAAAGGAAGUGAUGGAACUCGUGUUUAUCUUGGACUGGGACAAGAUGGCUAUGGAAAAGCAGUGAAACGAAUAUUUCGUGAUAUCUGCAUUGGGCUUACACAACAAGAAAAGAAAAUUUUCAAAGAAAUCAUCGAAAAAAAAUCGAAUGAUGUUGUGAAUUAUUUCUACUUAGAAGAAGACAUUACAUCAGAAUAUGUUUAUUUAAUACUCGACCUGUGUGAAGAAUCGCUGGAGGAUUUUGUGCAAUCGGAAUCAAAUAGUUUGGCUUAUCUUAAAAAAUCGCUUCCCAAAAUUCUCAGACAAAUUUUAAAAGGUUUAGCUCAUCUUCACAGCGAGCCACGUCCUAUUCUUCAUCAAAAUUUGAGGCCUUCUAAUGUUUUCCGAGACGCACAAGGCAAAUUUUUAAUAGCUGAUUUUGGUAUGGGUCGAAUUUUGAAGAAUGAAUCUAACACAUUACAAAGUGGCACCAAAAUGGGAGCUGGGUAUUGGAUUGCUCCUGAAUCAUAUUGUAAAGAUGAAGAUUCAGUUGAUAAAGCACGUUACAAAAAAGAGUCUGAUGUAAUGAAUGCAGGAAUGGUGGCUUAUUAUGUUGCAACAAAAGGGAAACAUCCUUUUGGGCAUCCAGAGUAUAGACUGAAAAACUUGUUAGAUGGAAACCCUGUUGGCUUAAAGGAAAUCGACGAUGUUCAACUUAAAGAUCUACUUUCAUGGAUGCUACAACUUCUACCUGAACUAAGACCAUCUGCCAACGAAGCGUUAAAACACCCUUAUCUACAAUCCGAUGAAAAGAACUUUGAUAUGCUUUGUGAGAUGGCAAACCAACCAGGGAUGGAGAUACCGUAUUUAGGUCAUCCUCUCAAUUCAGAUGUGCGUGAGCAGUUAAAUGAGUUAAAAAAUUGGAAAGAUCAAAUUGAUCCUGAAGUCUUUAGUGAUUUCAAUGUGGGACAUUACGAUGAUACAUGGUUAGGUUGCUUGAAAUAUAUACAUAAUGUUCACCAGCAUUGGAAUGAUGUACCUCGUUCAAAACGGCGUCAAAGUGAUGGUAAUUAUAAAAUAUAUUUCCUGCAAGUUUUUCCAGAGCUUCCUCUUUUGGUCAACAGAAUUAUAAGAUUAAAUGAAUGGAAGUCAAUACCAGAUCUUGAAGAACACUUUUCAAAAUUGCAGUUGCAAGAAUGGAAAUACAUUGGUGAAUCAACAAAACAUGAAAAAUUGUUCUUACAAAUGAUUGAGUACAGGCACAAUCCCGACGUUGAAGUCAAAUAUUUGAAUGAUGUACGCGUAAUUUUCUCAGAGGAAUUUUGCAUUGGCAAAGGAAGUAAUGGAACCCGUGUUUUUCUUGGACUGGGAAAGGAUGGUUACGGUAAAGCGGUGAAACGACUACUUCGUGAUGAAUGCAUCAAACUAGCACAACAAGAAAAGGACAUUUUUAAUGAAAUCAAAGCAAAAAAGUCGAAGUAUGUUGUGAAUUAUUCCUACUUAAUAGAAGACACGGGAACAGAAUAUGUCUAUUUAGUACUAGACCUAUGUGAAGAAUCGCUGGAGGAUUUUGUGCUUUCAGAAUUAAAUAGUUUGGCUUAUCUUCAAAAAUUGCUUCCCAAAAUUCUUAGACAAAUUUUAAGAGGAUUAGCUGAUCUUCACAGAGAUCCGCGUACAAUUCUUCAUCGGGAUUUGAAGCCUUCUAAUGUUCUUCGAAACGCUGAAGGAACAUUUCUGAUAACUGACUUUGGUAUUAGUCGACUGUUAAAAAGUGAUUACGCGACAUUAAAAAGCAAUGCUAACAGGGGAACUCAGUAUUGGAUUGCUCCUGAAUCAUAUAGUGCUGGUGAAGUUUCAUUUGAUAUAACACGUUACAAAAAAGAGUCGGAUGUAAUGAACGCAGGAAUGGUGGCUUAUUAUGUUGCAACGAAAGGAAAGCAUCCUUUUGGAUCUUUAAAGAAUAGACUUCCAAACUUGUUGAAUGGAAAUCCUGUCGGAUUGAACGAAAUCAAGGAUGCUUCACUCAAAGAUCUUCUGUCGCGGAUGCUACAACAAAAACCGGAAGACAGACCAUCUGCUGACGAGGCGUUAAAACACCCUUAUCUACAGUCUGAUAAUGAAAAAUUUGGCACAAAAUAAAUGAGCAGUCAAAUUUAAAUACACCAUAUUUUAUACACUCAAAUAUAUGAGAAAACAAGUAAAAAAUAGAAACAACUUGCAUACUUUUUUUAAUGUAAUACGUUUAUGGACAGAUCCAUUGUUGUUGUUUUUUAUUUCAACGAUGUCAGGUAGUUCUUUGUGCGUUGGUCAAUAUCCAAUACCAACGAUUUAUAUAAAGUAUUGAUUCUAACAGAAAAUAUUUUUAGAUGUUUAUAUUAAGCCUGCACUGUCAAUUGUACUCAUACACUUGUGAAUAAAAAUAAGUUUGAACUUUUAAAAAAUGUAAAAAAAACGUAGUUAUUCUGACAUAUGUUUUCACAUAUCAUUUGCUUUUGCAAUUCUAACAAAUAGUGUUAUUCUGUA